UCUCUUCGAUAAAUCCGCGGUCACACUGAUCUGAUUCCCUCAAAAAAGCAUCAUCAUUGCCGGACAAAAAAGUUUUGAACGCCAAAGCCGCACGGAAAUCAAGAUUAUAAUAAUCCUCUAGUGCAUCAUCUGUUCGUUGACUAAUUCCUAAAGAUGUCUUCACGUUACGAUCGCGCUGUUACUAUUUUCUCCCCAGACGGACAUUUGCUUCAGGUGGAAUAUGCCCAAGAAGCCGUCCGGAAGGGCUCGACCGCGGUUGGUGUUCGCGGCGGCAGCUGCGUUGUGUUGGGGGUGGAGAAAAAGUCUGUUGCCAAGUUGCAAGAGGACCGCACAGUUCGCAAAAUUUGCAUGCUUGACCAUCACAUUACAAUGGCCUUUGCCGGCCUCACUGCCGAUGCUCGCAUUCUGAUUAACCGUGCCCAAGUGGAGUGCCAGAGCCAUCGGCUUAAUGUUGAAGACCAAGUUACUCUGGAGUACAUCACUCGUUACAUUGCCCAGCUGAAACAGAAGUAUACUCAGAGCAAUGGUCGCCGUCCCUUCGGCAUUUCUUGCCUGAUUGGCGGAUUUGAUGGCGAUGGCUCGGCGCAUUUGUUCCAAACCGAGCCUUCUGGUAUUUUCUAUGAAUACAAAGCAAACGCUACGGGUCGCUCGGCCAAGACUGUGCGCGAGUUCUUCGAGAAGAAUUAUCGUGAAGAGGAUGUGGCCACUGAGAAAGGUGCCGUCAAGCUGGCAGUUCGCGCCCUGCUCGAGGUGGCACAGUCGGGCCAGAACAACUUGGAGGUGGCCAUCAUGGAGAACAACAAGCCGCUGAAGAUGCUGGAUCGGGAAGUCAUCCAGGAAUAUGUGAACAUCAUCGAGAAGGAGAAGGAAGAGGAUAUCGAAAAGAAAAAGCAGAAGAAGUAACACACCAGGCACUCUCCAACAGAAUGCCUUCAAUUCGAACAUUUUCUUAAUUCAGGACCUCUGCAAAAAUCUCCCCUAAGAUUAUCUAUUAUAACUUCACGCAAAAGUCAUUUAGUUUUAGUAGGGAGGUUUUUACAGAUUCCAUUGAUUUGGCGAAUGUUCCACCGCAUCGCAUCGGGUGGCCCGAUGGCACAUUUUUAUCUAAAUAAUUUUCUACAUUUUGAAAUGUUGUAAAGAGGUUAAAAGCUACAUAUAUGAGUUGUAUAAAAUACAUGGUCUACCAGACACGAGAACGGAGA